AUGUCCCGUGAAGGUUUCCAAAUCCCAACGAAUUUAGAUGCUGCUGCUGCUGGUGCAGCUCAGAGCAGAACUGCCACUUUGAAAUACAUCUGCGCAGAGUGUUCAAGCAGACUUUCGCUUUCCAGAACUGAUCCCGUCCGUUGCAAGAAUUGCGGUCACCGUAUCCUACUCAAGGCCAGAACCAAGAGAAUGGUCCAGUUCGAAGCCAGGUAA